AUGGCUAGAUUCCACGAAUAUCAGGUGGUUGGUCGUAAACUCCCUUCCGCCCAAGAAGUUGCUCCCAAGCUUUUCCGUAUGCGCAUCUUUGCUCCUAACGUUGUUGUUGCCAAGUCUCGUUUCUGGUACUUUUUGAAGAAGCUCCGUAAGGUCAAGAAGGCUGCUGGUGAGAUUGUCUCUGUCAACCUUAUUGCCGAGAAGCGUCCUGAACAAAUCAAGAACUUUGGUAUCUGGAUCCGUUACGAUUCUCGUUCCGGUACCCACAACAUGUACAAGGAAUACCGUGCUAUGCGCCGUACCGAAGCUGUUGAGACCUGUUACCAAGACAUGGCUGCUCGUCACCGUGCUCGUUUCAGAUCUGUUCAAAUCAUCCGUGUUGCUGAAGUCAAGGAUGCCGAUGUCCGUCGUCAAUACAUCAAGCAACUCUUGACCCCCAAGCUUGCUUUCCCCUUGCCUCACCGUCUUGCCAACGUCGAAAAGAAGCACCGUGCUCUCUUUGUCGCCAAGAGACCUACCACUUUCUAUUAA